GACAAACGUCAUUCCGUAUCGCGAUCGCGAUAGAAAGGUGUUCAUGACACAAAUCACGUAAACUCACAAAAUACCGGUAUCUGUUCAUUAAAUUUUACAAAAAUGUCGUACAAAAUAGCAAUAAGGAGCUUUAAAACACUCUCUUAUGUUGGGAGCUACAAGAAAAUUAGAGAUCGGCACAUAAAGACGUACUGUGCGGCUGUAAUAGGCGCAGGUUACAUAGCUUAUAAACAAAGUCAAUCAAACAAAGCAGAAAUGAAAGAAAUAAUUCAGCUAAAAAAUUACAUGGCGGAGCCAGUAACGCCUGUUAGUCAUUUAGAAAAGACUCAGAAUGAUAUGAAAACUCAGGUGGAAUUGUUAAUAAUGACGAUACAAGCUGAAUUCUGUAGAGCACUGGAAAAGGAAGAAGAUGAAGCUUGGCAAGAUGAGAAAAAGGAUGAAGAUUUAGACUAUGACACUGAUAUGUUUGUACCACACCCGAAUGCAAAAUUCCAAGUAGACAGAUGGAUACGUAAAGAGGGUGGGGGCGGUAUAACGUGCGUGUUGCAAGAUGGUCGGGUGUUCGAGAAAGCCGGCGUGAAUAUAUCUGUGGUGUCCGGGAAGUUGCCGCCCGCUGCUGUGCAGCAAAUGAGAACGAGGGGCAAAAACUUUGAGGGCAAAGAGUUGCCAUUCUUCGCAGCUGGUGUGAGCGCCGUGAUCCACCCCAGGAACCCAAUGGUACCCACUAUACACUUCAACUACAGAUAUUUUGAGGUGCAGGACAACAAUGGUGUACAAUGGUGGUUCGGAGGCGGCACUGACUUGACCCCGUAUUACUUGAACGAAGAGGACGCAAGACAUUUCCAUCUCACUCUGAAACAGGCAUGCGAUUCGCACGACAAAUCUUACUAUGGAAGAUUCAAGAAGUGGUGCGACGAUUACUUCUCAAUACCGCACCGGGGCGAACGUCGCGGCGUCGGCGGUAUCUUUUUUGAUGACCUCGACACACCGGACCAAAAGAGCGCUUUCCAAUUCGUCACCUCUUGCGCUGAGGCCGUCAUACCCAGCUAUAUUCCCGUUGUACAAAAGCAUAAAGAUGAGGCAUAUGGAUAUUACGAGAGACAAUGGCAACUGUUACGGAGAGGUCGAUAUGUGGAGUUUAACUUGAUUUACGAUCGAGGCACAAAGUUUGGACUCUUCACACCUGAAGCGCGAUACGAAUCUAUUCUUAUGUCAUUACCUUUGAAUGCUAAAUGGGAGUACAUGCACGUACCUAAACCCAACUCACCUGAAGAAAAAUUAAUGAAGGUACUCCAAGAGCCACGGGAUUGGGUACAAUUUGAUCAGGCCAGAGCGUCUGCUUAGUGGUAGAACGAGUAUUGCCAUCCAUCACACUGUAAAUUAAUCAUUGGUCUUAAUGGUAUAGGGUUCUGUAAAUUUUUUAUAUGAUACAUGUUCUAUUUUGUAAUAAAAUUUAUUGAUGUUUA